AUGGCGCCUCAGCUAGCCAGUCGUGCGCAGCCUUUCUGGCGAUCUCUCUCACCCGCACGCUACAAGUCCCGAGAUGCUUCAUUUCAAGCCGCACACUGUCCUGUCGAUCCCCCGCCAAGUCUCUUGGACUUGCAGAUCUGGAGAUUGCGCCUCACAUGCAAUGCGUGUUGGUUUACCCAACAUGGACGGUCCUCAUUCAUUCUUGUCCCGACAAGCCUCCGCUCCGCUGGGCGCCGCGCAACAUGGUUGCGUUGCUUGGGUAGCCAAGCCUGGCGUAGCAUGGUGAUGCAAUGUUUUCGAGCACCAUUGUGCAUCGUGUACUUUUGA